GUGGAGCGUACUUUGCCGGGAUGUUCCGCCUCGUCAACGUGGAGUUUAUCCCAGAGUACCGCCACGCAGAGUCCAGCGAGUUUGUGUCCAUGGCAAACAAAAUACAGCACGUGGUGAGCAACGUGUACAAGAUGUCCUCAAUGGCCAGACUCUACAAGCUAGCCGUCAUUUCAGACCUCAGCAACAGUAAGGGCGGUGUGCUGGUGCACUUCUGGAUGGUGUUCGUGGUCCCUCGUCUGAAGAGCCCGGCAGCGUGUGAGGAGUGUGUAGGCGUCAUCUUCAGGGACUCUGUCCACACGAGCCUGAAGAACAGGACCUCUGUCGGAUACCUGCUGGGUCUUCCAGUCGACAUAGACUCCAUCCUCAUCAAUGCUGUCCAGCGCUCAGAUUACACAUCAACUGCAGCAGGCUCACAGUGUGUAGACAAGAUGUAUGCCAGCCUUCCUGGUGCGAGGAUCCCUUUGAACGUCUUUUCGUCGUGGGGUGGUGUGAGUUGCCAUGUGAAGCUCACUGCUGUCCCCGGCUCCCUCAUCCGUCUGACCAUCACCUCGCUCCUCAUCGAGCCCAGCGCCUGCGUGAACGAUGCACUGACUGUGUACGAUGCUCUGCUGCCCAUGAGAGGGCGCAUUCUGCACAGGCUGUGUGAACCAGUGUCCACCUCCUUCUCCCUCGUCUCUACCUCCAAUGUCAUGUUGCUGUCGUUCAGAAUGACUAAUGGCAACAAGAGCUUCAGAGGACACUUUGAGGCCAUCGCUGAGGAAACUUGUAUGUCUCAACUAGAGACACCGUUGGAUCCUGACGCCGCUGGUCAGAUCUACAGCCCCUUCCACCCGAGCAUGCUGCCCCCUCAGUGCUCCUGCUCCUGGAGGUUUGAGACCUCUAAUAGUGCUUUAGGAGUUGCUCUGCAGUUUCACAACUAUGUACUGAAACCGAAGGACAUGAAGGGCUGUGACCAUGGCUGGUGGAGGGUUAAUGAAAUCAUUUUCUGUGGCAGCUACGUGGGACACGGCACGGUGUUUCGGAUCGCUGACUGCAGCCCAGAGGUGGAGUUUCGCUGCAGCUCACGUAGCUCUGCUCAGCCGUUCCGGGCGUCUUACAGCAGCUACAAUAUCAGCCAACCCUGUCCAGAGAGCCACUUCCUGUGCUCCACUGGUCUAUGUGUGGACAAGAGCAGACGCUGUGACGGCCUGGACGACUGCCAAGAUGAGAGUGACGAGGUCUUCUGCUCGAGGCCCACGAUGAACUGUGGUGGCAACAGUCCUCUGCAUCCUCUGUUUGUGUGCAACGGAGAGGCGGACUGCACCGAUGGUUCCGAUGAGAUCAACUGCACUCAGGAAACAACCUGCUCCGCAAUCAGGUACAAAUGCAGCAGUGGCUCCUGCAUCAUGAAGAAGAAUGCUAAAUGUGAUGGAGUUCAUGACUGUCAGGACCACAGUGAUGAGGCAGACUGUGCCUGUGGUCGUCCCUCCCCGGUGAAGAAGGUGGGUUCAUCCGCAGGCCCCGAACGCAUCGUGGGCGGAGUUAACUCUGUGGAAGGGGAGUGGCCGUGGCAGGUCAGCCUCCACUUCUCUGGUAACCUGUACUGUGGCGCCUCUGUCCUCUCCUCUACCUGGCUCAUCUCAGCUGCACACUGCUUCAGCAAAGAGAGGCUCUCCGACCCGCGUCACUGGAGCGCCCAUCUCGGCAUGCUGACGCAGGGCAGUGCCAAACACGUGGCAGAGAUCCAGCGCAUCGUGGUGCACGAGUAUUACAACGCGUACACGUUCGACUAUGACAUCGCCCUGCUGCAGCUGAAGAAGCCCUGGCCCUCUUCCCUCGGCCCGCUGGUCCAGCCCGUGUGCCUGCCGCCGACCUCCCACUCUGUCACCGACAGCCACCGCUGCUGGGUCACCGGGUGGGGAUACCGCUCCGAGGAGGACAAGGUGCUUCCCUCAGUCCUGCAGAAAGCAGAGGUUUCCAUACUGAGUCAGACGGAUUGCAAGAAGAGCUACGGCCCUGUGUCGCCACGCAUGGUGUGUGCCGGGGUCCCCUCUGGCGAGAGGGACGCCUGUAGGGGGGAUUCAGGGGGUCCGCUGUCCUGUCAGGCACCAGACGGGGGUCGCUGGUUCCUGGUUGGUAUCGUCAGCUGGGGCUCAGGUUGCGGCCGACCAAACCUGCCCGGCGUCUACACCAGGGUCAACAAGUUCACCUCUUGGAUCCACGGCCAUAUCAGCUGACGUGAUAUAAC